CACCUCAGCCGCCUCAACCCCUGCCGCCGCCGCCGCCGCCGUCGAAGCCUCCGAUGAUGCGCCAGCGGAUGCCGUGACACAGCUUGCAGCGCAGCUGGCGGCUCAGGCAGUCGCUGCAUCUGCCGCCGCUGUCGCCGCCACCACCGCCGCCGCCUCCGAUGUUGGCGGCGGUGGUGCCGCCGGUGCCGCACCCCUGAGUGCUGGGGAGGUUUGCGAUCUUGUGUCGUACCGUCUUGCUGCAGAUGUGGGAGGGGAGCAGCAUGUGGCUUUCCUAGGGGGGCUUGCAAACAGGCUGCAGGACCUGCAGCGGCGGGCGGCACCGCUACAGCCGGCUCAGCAACAGCAGCAAGGGGGGCAGGCAAGAAGGGAUGGAGGUGCCGGAAGUGAGGAGGAAGGGCAGCCGCAACGGCGGCGACGCGUCAGUCGGAAAUCAACGGGCACGGCUGCGGAGGCGAAGGGUAAAAGUGAACGGUUGCCGUACUUGGGGCUCCUGGAGGGGUUAGGAGCCAGCGCUGCUGGGAUGGGCGCCACCGCACUCGCGCUGGCGAUGGGAUGUACGGCGCAGGCGAUCAGCGUUGUCAGAGGCGCCGGUGCUACCGGCACUGCUGAUGCUGCAGUAAUACUACCCAAACGUGGCGUUGACGAGGAUGUGACGGAGGCGGCUGUGGUACGACAACUCUUAGAAGCGGCCGCAGCGCUUGCUUCACCCUUAGCGUCAGGGCAAGAACAACAGCAGCAGCGGGAUGGUGCGGAUGCUGGCGACGAUGACGAAGGCCAGCUAACCGGGGACAAGCUCUGCGGCCUGGCGGCAGCAGCGCUCCGGCUCCAGCGGAUGGGUGCUGCCCCCGGGGCUGCUGCCGCCGCUGCUGACGGCGGCAGCGACGCCGUGUCUGCCGUACUGGCGGCGUUGCAGUCCUCGCCAUCCUCCUUACAGAAUGCCAGUGUGGAUGCGCUGGCGGCAGUUAUUGCGGCGGCGACCGACGUUGACCUGAGUGCAGGUACGGCGGCGGCGGUGGCGACGGCGGCCUCAGAGGAGCUUCGUGACACAGAUGCUCUCCGGGGGUUUGGCGGUAGGGACGACCAAGCGCCCUCCUCGUCCUCGUCUUCUCCGGACCCCUUGCAGCCAGCAGCGCUGCCCGCUGGGCUGCUUGAUGCCCUGCUAACGCAGCUGGCGGCAGCGGCAGCGGCGGAGGCGAAGGCCAAGGCCGCCGCUGACGCCGCUGCCGGCACAUCCGGCACAACACCACCUCGCCUCCGCCGUCGCCGGCAGCCCUCCACACCGCAGCUUAGCUAUGAGCAAGCGUUCGCAGUUCUGGCGGCGGCCACGGCGGCAGCGGAAGCCGCCGCUGGCUCCGCACCUUCCACCUCCGCCGCCGCCGCCGCCACCACCGCAGCGGAGCCCACACCAGAUCCACAACGCGUAGCGGGGCUGCGCGCCGCCAGCUACGUUGCAUGCCGGGCGUUGGCGCUAACUGUACGACAAUUGGACUCCACCUCCGCCGUACGGCUGCUGCAGCUCGUGGCCCGCAGCCACAAGGCCGGUGUACGGCCCGACUUUCCGCCGCUCUUGUGGGCCUUGCAUGAGCGUUUGCGGGUGUUAUCCUCAACCCUGAGUCCUGCGGGUUCCUUGGAUGUCCUCCGGGCUUGUACGGCACUCCGGUGGCGACCCGCGGUUCUGUUACGAGAGCUGGUGCUGCCGCUGUUGCGGUGGCUGCAGGCUGGGGCGGAUGCGCACACGGGCGGCCUGGGUGCGGGUGCGGUAGCUGCGCUGCUGCCAGAGGACGUAGAGGGGAGGAGGAAUGUGAGUGGGGAUGCUGGUGGUGGUGACGUUGAUGACGCGGCGUGGAGGCAGGGGUGGCGACGGCGGCCGGAGGAGGGGGUUCUGCUGCCUUGGACGCCAGCAGAGCUGAAAGAGGCGCUGUUGCUGCUUGCCAGCCUUGAGUUUGGCGGGCAGGUGGCGGCGUCGUUGGUGAAGCUGGGUGUCGGCGCACUGCUACGGUCCCAUGGGUCGGCGGUGGGCGCUAGACGUGCAGGGAGCGGUGGAGGCGCCAGCGCGCCGGGGGCGGUGCUGUCGCCGGCGGAUUUGUCGUUGCUGCUGUGGGUGUGCGUGUCCAUGCGCUACCGAGGGGCGGCUUUGCUGCGGCAGCUGCUGCAGCUGCUGCUCCAGGUUCCCAGCCCGCAGGUGGAGGUGCGUGUGGCGGCGCAGGCGGUGUGGGCGGCAGCUCGGCUGGGGGCGGUGAGCGAGCGGCUGGUGCGCUGGGCGCUGGCGGCCUGCCAGGGGCCGGGCAAGCUGACGGCAGCGGCCCCGCAGAGCCUGGCACUGCUGUGCUGGGGCCUGGCGAAGCUAGGUGUCAAGCCGCCACGAGGCUUCAUUGUCGCGGCCACCACAGCCACCCUAGCCCAGUUGCAGCGCUUCAAGCCGCAGGAGCUAGCCACCACGCUGUUCGUACUCGCCACAUGGCGCGGCCGCCUUGACAGCGCAAACGGCGAGGCAGCGAGUGUGGUACAACACGUCGUUGCGACGCGUUCGUUGUACGACGGCCCAGAGUUGUGUACGGCUGUUUGGGCUCUGCAACGGCUGACGUCGGCUUCUAGCACGGAUACGGGCUCAACAAUCGAUUCUCAGCUUGACGGCACGGAGGCCCCUGCCGUACCGCUCAAUGCCGCCGCGCUGGCGGCCAUUGAGAAUCGGCUUCUCAAAAUCCUGGCCGCCAGUGACCCACGGGUCGGCCUCAGGAUUCCCGACCACCACCUCCUCCGCUACUUUUCCGCCUGCGCCGCAUCUGCCGCUGCUGCUCCUAACGCCCAGCAGCGCCACCGUCCGGAGCGUCUCCUCAGCCUCUACUCCACCUCCCUCCUCCGUCGCCUUCGCACCCUACGUGCAUGCCCGUCGUAUGCCCCCCCCGUCCAGCAAAGCUCCAAGUUCCUCUGGUCGGUCGCUCGCGUCAUGUCAAUGUACGACAUCCGAGAUCCAGAUCUGCUUUCCUCCCUGGAGUUGGCUGCGGCGCAUUGGCAGGGGCUGCUGCAACCGAGUCACCUAGCGGGGCUGCUGUCCGACAUGGCUGCGCUGGGGCACUAUCCGCAGCACUGGGCGGCGCGGGGGCUGCUACGGCGGGUUGGCUUGGCGCUGCAUGUUGCUAGUGUGACGGAGGCGGGACUGCUUUUGGAGGCGAUGGCGGCGUGGCGGGACCGCAUGCGACCAGAGGCGACGGCAGCGAUAGCGGCGGCGGCGGCGCCGCCGCCGCCGUCGGAGGCAGCGGAAAGUCGCCGGAUGGAGAACGAGGAAGGUGGUCUUGAGGAUGCCGUGGCGGGGGAAGCGGAGCAGGG